UAUUGUUUGCUUGUCUGAAAUCCUAGUUGGUGGAGCUGAAGGACAUCUCCAGAAUGAAUAUACAAAAUAAUCUAUGUUUACCGAUUGGCUUGAAGCCGCGGCAUACGUGGCGAUGUUACGUGCUUGAGAAGCAUCCGGGUCUUUUGAUUAUACGUAAUCCAUUUACAUACAGAGGACAGCGUUAUUGGAUAGCUCGAAGCCUUCGUGAUUAUCCGCUACCACCCAAUAUAGUGAACUUGGAUGCAAAAAAUUUUCCUUCUAAGACGAUAGCUGACUGGUGGGGAGAGUUACAAAACUGUACUGACCCAAAUGUUACUCACCGUCUUAAGACAGCGUUGCGCUGGACCACUUUAGGGUACCAUCAUAACUGGGAUACUAAGAUUUACGAUAAGACAAUCCACACAGUGUUCCCAAGUGAUUUAGACAGCUUGUCCCAAUAUUUUGCUCUUACUUUAGGGUUUCCAAGUUUUAUUCCACAAGCUGGAAUUAUCAAUUACUAUCCGAUUGGAACUUAUUUAUCUGGACACACCGAUCAUUCUGAGAUGAAUCAUGAAGCACCGCUCUUAUCAUACAGGUAUAUACGAUGG